AUGAGAGGCAUCAUGCGGGGGCGAAUCUCCGCACUGCUGGGGUCACCGGCGAUGAAGACCCAGCAGUCUGCGAAAUGGGGCGGAAUCCCGGAUAUGCUGGAUCCGCGAAUGCCGACUGACAGUCCAAUCAGAUUCAAGCUCGCGGUCCUGUCGAAGUCGCUUACUGCAGAGAUCAUCCUCGGACUGAUGAUCGCGUUUAAUGUUGGCCUCAUCAUCAUUGAGGUCGACUCUGGUGCAGUGGGCGUGGAGAGGGAAAUCCCUGCGUGGGUUGAGGUUGCAAACCUCAUCAUGCUCACGACUUUCAGCCUGGAGUUGCUCUUCAAAUGUGCAGUAUACCAGUCGAAGAUCUUUUUGGAUGCCUUUCACUUGAUCGACGCCUUUGUCGUACUCUUGGACCUGUCAAUCUACGCAGUCGAGGAGUUUGCAGGCAUGGAGGCCACAAGCGCGUUCUCUGCUGUCCGGCUCUUGAGAAUAAUCCGAAUUCUACGAGCGGUGAGAUUGCUUCGCAAGUCCCGCGAGCUCAGCAUGCUCAUGCUCAGCUUCCUUGCUUCUCUCAGCGCAGUGUUCUGGGGUGUCAUCAUGGUCAUCGUGAUGGUGACCCUUUGGGCCAUUUUAGCAGUACAGCUCAUACACCCCAUCAACUACAGGAUUUGGGUUGACAGAGAUUGCGAGAGAUGUCCUCAUGCGUUUGAGAGCGUCUGGCAAAGUGCCCUGACUCUACUACAGACGGUCAUCGCAGGUGACAGCUGGGGUAAUUUGGCCUUGCCAAUUUUGGAAGCCGAGCCCAUUACGCUGAUUUAUUUUGCGGGUGUGAUCGUCUCUGUCGAUUUGGCGAUGCUGAAUUUAAUUUUGGCAGUCAUCGUCGACUCUGCGCAGGAUGCGCGAUCUGUCAGUGAUCACGAACGUGCUCUGCAGAUGGAGAAGGAUUUCAAUCAAGCGACGCAGCAGCUUUAUCGACUAUGCCGGCGUCUAGACUUGGACAACUCCGGCAAGAUCGAUCCCUCCGAAUUCGUCAGAGGAUUCGAGCAGGAUCAGGAUUUCGCCGAUUGCUUAAAAGGCAUGGGCAUUGGAGGACGUGACCUGGAAUGGGUUUUAUCGAUCCUGGACAAAGAUGACAGCGGUGACAUCAGUCCAGAUGAGUUCGUGGACCAGCUCUACAAGUUGCGCACGCACGAGACACACCAAAUCUUGUCCACCCUCACCGAUGUUCGAAAGCUUCUGCGAGAACUUGCGGUGACUCAAGCAGGUGUGAUCAUGCACAACACUGAGAUGAGCAACUUGCGGGCGGAUUCGGCGAAUGAUGAUGAGGCGAAGCUCAGAGCUUUUUCCUCCAGGGACACUGCCUCUGAAGUGAGCUGUGUGGACUGCAUCACCUAA